AAUUUGAUGCAAUAAUGGCUUUCACCCCUCUUUCAAUUUCACCUACCAAAUAAUUUAUCUAACCGAAAGCAGUCGGAUCCCUGUGGAGCUGUAAUUUUUUUCUCAAUCAGUAGAGUGAAAUGGCUGCGACCGCGGCGGCGACGGGUGGUGGAAAGGCCACCGUGCCUAAAUCCGGCGCGAUCUCCAAAGGCUACAACUUCGCUUCUACCUGGGAGCAGAAUGCUCCACUGACAGAGCAGCAGCAGGCGGCAAUUGUUGCGCUCUCCCAUGUUGUUGCUGACCGACCUUUUCCUCCAAAAUUGGCACGGGAGAAAGUAGCUGGAUUCGAGAAUAGUCUGUCUAUUUCAACAAAGCACAGCAUAGGAGAGGAUUCAGGGGCUAUUGAGGCAGUUCUGGUUAAUACAAACCAGUUCUAUAAAUGGUUCACUGAUCUUGAAGCAGCCAUGAAAUCAGAGACGGAAGAGAAGUAUCAACACUAUGUAAGGACAUUAACAGAGAGAAUACAAACAUGUGACACUAUACUCAAUCAGGUGGAUGAAACCCUUGAAUUAUUUAAUGAACUACAAUUGCAGCAUCAGGCAGUUGCAACAAAGACAAAAACUCUGCAUGAUGCAUGUGAUCGACUGCUGUUGGAGAAGCAAAAGCUAAUUGAGUUUGCUGAAUCACUUCGUGUUAAGCUCAACUACUUCGAUGAACUGGAGAAUGUUGCAACCAGUUUUUAUUCUCCAAGCAUGAAUGUAGCACAUGAGAAUUUCCUCCCACUUCUCAAAAGACUUGAUGACUGCAUAUCGUAUGUCGAAAAUAACCCGCAAUAUGCUGAGUGCAAUGUUUACUUGGUCAAGUUCCGUCAACUUCAGUCUCGUGCUCUAGCAAUGAUUCGUUCUCAUGUACUCUCUGUUCUCAAGAACUCUUCGUCUCAGGUCUUGGCUGCAUUAAAAAACAGUGCUGGCAACAAAGCAUCUGUCUCAGAGGGUGUGGAGGCAUCUGCAAUAUAUGUCCGGUUCAAGGCAGCAGCAAAUGAGCUUAAACCAGUACUGGAGGAAAUAGAAAGUAGAAAACCAAGGAAAGAAUAUGUCCAGAUGCUCAUGGAAUGCCAUAAGAUUUAUUGUGAACAGAGGCUUUUAUUGGUGAGGGGAAUAGUGCAUCAAAGGAUAUCUGAAUUUACCAAGAAGGAAGCCCUUCCGUCGUUGACUAGAUCUGGUUGUGCAUACCUAAUGCAGGUGUGCCAACUUGAGCAUCAACUAUUCGAUCAUUUCUUUCCGUUAUCUUCGGAGGAUGUGUCAAGUUUGGCUCCUCUAAUAGAUCCUCUGUGUACUUACUUGUAUGAUACAUUGCGUCCAAAACUUAUCCAUGAAGCAAACCUUGAUAUUCUUUGUGAGCUUGUUGAUAUUCUUAAAGUUGAAGUCCUAGCAGAGCAAGUAAGUAGACGAGGUGAGUCACUAGCAGGACUACGCCCAACAUUUGAAAGGAUCUUGGCAGAUGUUCAUGAGCGUUUAACUUUUCGUGCUAGAACUCACAUUCGUGAUGAGAUUGCUAAUUAUAUUCCACUGGAUGAAGACCUGGACUACCCUGCUAAGUUGGAGCAAUUAGCAGAGAUAAAGUCGGAAACAUCAUCUAGUGUUCAGAGCCCAGAUGUUUCCAAAACUUGGUAUCCUCCACUUGAGAAAACUAUAUCCUGUUUGUCCAAACUAUAUCGUUGUCUUGAACCAGCAGUUUUUACUGGCUUGGCUCAGGAAGCUGUAGAAGUUUGCUCGUUAUCCAUUCAGAAAGCUACCAAACAAAUUGCAAAAAGAUCGUCUGCAAUGGAUGGGCAACUCUUUCUCAUAAAGUUUCUUCUUAUCCUUAGAGAGCAGAUCGCACCCUUUGAUAUUGAGUUCUCAGUUACACACAAAGAGCUUGAUUUCUCUCAUUUGCUGGAACAUUUGAGACGGAUUCUUAGAGGUCAGGCCUCGCUAUUUGAUUGGUCAAGGUCCACAUCCCUGGCUAGAACUUUAUCUCCAAGAGUUUUGGAAAGUCAAAUUGAUGCCAAGAAGGAAUUGGAGAAAAGCCUGAAAGCCACUUGUGAGGAGUUUAUUAUGUCAGUGACUAAGCUCGUUGUGGACCCUAUGCUGUCUUUUGCCACCAAGGUCACCGCAGUGAAAGUUGCGUUAUCCUCGGGUAGUCUUAAAAAUCAGGAGUCUGCCAUUAGUAAGCCACUCAAAGAUCAGGCUUUCGCAACUCCUGAAAAGGUCGCUGAACUUGUACAUAAGGUGGGUUCUGCUAUUCAACAGGAGCUCCCGAGAGUAAUGACUAAAAUGAAGCUUUAUCUACAGAACCCUGCCACACGCGCUAUACUUUUCAAACCAAUUAAGACGAACAUUGUAGAAGCCCAUGUUCAAGUGCAGUCUCUGCUUAAAUCAGAGUAUUCUCCCGAAGACAUACAAAGUGUCGUUGAUACGAUUUCAAUACAAGAUUUGCAGGCUCAACUUGAUAGCCUCAUGUGAUAAAGGUAUCUUUCUUGUUGUCUUGUUUAAAAAGAAGUUCCAAUAUAUACCUAUAAUUUUUCAUGUUAAGAAUUAGAUCUUGUGAGAAUUAGCAGAAGCUGGACACCCUUUUUUCGUCUUUAAAUCUGGAAUUAUUUGACCCUUCAAGACAAGAUUUAAUUAGACUGUUAUUGCCUAUCCGAUACGACAUCUCCAAUCCAACGGUGUUGAAAUGACAUGCUUCAUUUUUUCAUCUAGUGCACGAUUUUUUUAUGAUUUUGCUCGACGGUUAAAAAAUUAGUGAAACUUUUAUUAGAUAAACUAUUUCUUGACUAUUUA